CUGUAAAUAACAGGAAGGAAGGAAGGUAUUGAAUUAGAGAGACUUUAAACUCUGAGAGUUCAUUCGUCUCUAAAGUGUAAAUAACAGAUAGUCAUCGUUUGUUUUGGUUUCAGCCGAAAGAUAUAACCAUCCGAUAGAUGCUUAGUACACACGCUCGCAAGAGAUAGCAAUUAUCUCCGGGUUUCUCUAAGCGCGUGAAACAAUUGAAGUCAUCUUGCAUUGAAGAGAUAACGGAAGCUGGCAGCGACAUCGAGCUUAUUGGAAAUAUUCGCCAGUCGAUUCAAUCAAAUUUAGUUCGCUAACAAUGGCCGGACAGGAUAACCGCGCGCGUUAUGAUAAUUAUCGCCUCUACCGCGUGGAGCUCGAAACGGACCGACAUGUGCAGGUGUUUCAAGAUCUGGAAGCUAAAAGCGACAGUCAUACGUUCUAUGGGCACGCACGGCAACCCGGUCAGCAUCUGACCAUCAUGGUUUCCGCCAACAAAGUGGCGGAUUUCGAGAAUUUGAUGGACCGGUUUUUGGUCAAAGGAAGAGUGCUGGAAUACAACAUGCAAGAGAAAAUCGACAAGGAAACCGAGCGAGUCAAACCUGCGUCGGUGAGUCUCACCGAAUUCGAUUGGAAUCAUUACUUCCAUCUACAAACGAUUUACGCUUGGAUGGAUGAUUUGGCCAGUAAAUACCCCUUCGUUAGUGUUUUGAGUCUCGGAAGCAGCUACGAAGGUUUACCUAUCAAAGGAGUAAAGGUUUCUCGGAAGGCUGACAAUAAAGCAAUUUUCGUCGAAGGAGGAAUCCAUGCGCGUGAAUGGAUAUCGCCGGCCACCGCAACGUAUAUACUGAAUCAACUCAUUACCUCUUCAGAUCCACGAAUCGUCAACCUCUCAACCAACUACGAUUGGUUUUUCUUUCCCAUAGUCAAUCCCGAUGGGUAUAAGUUCACCUUCGAAGGUGAUCGUUUGUGGCGCAAGAAUCGUAAGCCCUAUGGACUUUGUCGUGGCGUAGACCUGAAUCGCAACUUCGCCAGCAAUUGGGGUGGAAUCGGUUCCAGCGAUGAUCAGUGCAGCUACGAUUUCUCGGGUGGCGCUGUUUUCUCAGAACCGGAGGCUGCAGCCUUGGCUGAUUUUAUUCGGAAUAAUGCCGAGAAGGAACACAUCCGGACGUACAUUGCUCUGCACUCUUACUCCCAGCUGUUGAUGUUUCCCUUUGGCCAUACCCCGGAGAAGGUCUCAAACUAUGACCAUCUCAAUCGGAUCACGGAGAAAGCUAUCGCUGCUUUGACUGCGGUUCAUGGCACCAGCUUCCAAGGGGGAAGCAAAUAUGAGACAAUCUAUCCUUCGAGCGGAGGCAGCAUCGAUUGGGCCUAUCAUGAGGGUAAAAUUCCUGUUUCGUUAACGUUCGAACUGAGAGGUCCGCCAGAUUCUACGGAUAUGUUUAUCCUACCGGCAGAUCAGAUUACUCCGGUGGGUGAGGAAACGAUGGCGGCAUUUGUGACAAUUGUGGAAGAAGCGGAUCGACUUGGUUAUUAUGACUAACCGUGGUGGUGUUUGUUGUCAGCGCAUUCAGAAUUUGGCGCUGUGACUUCCGACUUCCGUGUAUGAGGUUCAUUACUCUAUAUGUUACUAGCUGACCGGGCAAACUUCGUCCCGCCCAAAAUUUAUUUUUUGUUUUCAACACCUCCAAACAUACACGUUUUCUUACUUACGAUCAUGGGUCCAAUCGCAGAACUGUUCAUUAAUUCAUCUUCUAAUUGACCUUUUACAAUUUACUUUUAAUAUUAAUUUCCUAGGACUUCUACCAAAACUCGCCGUUACAAUAUCAGAUUAUUUUCAGACACAAUUCACGUUCAAGAUUUUUCAAUCAAUUGUAAAUAACAUGUUUCUUCGUUACAUCGAAUAAAUGUUUGAUACAGAAAAUAUGAUAGAAUGAAGAUAGCCCUAAAUCGGAUAAUUCCUUCUUCGAGUUUUGCUCUUAUCAACACAUUCGGCGAUCCAUUUUAUAUUUAUAUAGAUAGAAGAAAAUAUAGGAGUGCGUUUUAUCACAUUAAAAUCCAUUUCCACUUUCGAACAAAAAUCAAUUUCGUUGGCGCAAACAUCAAAUGGACUAACAACGCUUGUCACUAUGUAAUUAUAGAACACAUGAGAAUUGAAUUUUCCGAA